UCAGGUUCAGCAGAUCUGGGUGUUUGUCUCCACAAGUCCUCUAGCGGUCUGGAUCUCCCCAUGAAGGUGGUCGACAUGUUUGGCUGCUGUCUGCCCGUCUGUGCCAUCCACUUCAGCUGUCUACAUGAGCUGGUGAAGCACGAGGAGAACGGACUGAUCUUCAGAGACUCUCAGGAGCUCGCUGAGCAGCUCAAGUCUCUCCUCUCAGAGUUUCCCAGUUCAGACGGCAGACUGGGAGAGUUCAGGACGAACCUCCAGACCAGCAGAGGGCAGAACUGGGACGACAACUGGGACCAGAACGUCCUGCCUCUGAUCACGGCUCCCUGACUGGACACCAGAGCGGGAUUCUGUUACAUUGUGUUAGCAGCAAUAAGGCUGACGAGUCACGUUAGAAUAUUUGGGAUGAAAGACAGAAAGAGCUUCUUUUGUUUCACUGGAGACGAAAUGCAGCAGAAACACUGACAAACAGUAACGCUCUAUAUUAAGGUCUUUGUAAUAAGCGUUAGUUAAAAGGUAAUAAAGCCUUUAUAAGAUUCCUAUUAGCAUAUGUUAAUAACCAUAUCAAUGUUAAUAAAAGCAUUAUAAACGUGUAUUAUAUAAUAUGGUAUUUGUUAGCACUGAAAAUAACAGUUUUAACAGUUUAAACGCUUAACAUAUAAAUAAAUAAUAAUAAGCCCUUAAGUUAUGAGUAUUUUAUAAUUGUUUAUAAAAGCUUUACGAACACAUUUAGUGUUUAACUAACUUACCUUUUAUUUCAUUGUUUCUUUAUUAACAUUAAAUAUACUAUGUUAUACAUUUAUUAGCAGUCGACUUAAUGCAGGUACUGGAAUCUAAAGCGAGAACAAAUCAUUAGAAUUAAUAAAUCCUUUAUGAUGCAUUUAUUAACAGUUGUGUUAAAACUGAUAAUAAAUGUAUAAUAAAGUACGUACUCAUCUUAAUAAAGGUUUGACGUGAUAUAAUAGGUAAGUUAGUUGUGUAAUAAUACUAAUAAGAUACUCAAAGCUUUUAUUAAUGUUCUUAAUAAGUAUAUAAACUAACAAGUUUUCUAUAAGUGCUUAUAAAUGUCUUAUCUAACAAUAAACAAGUUCAUAAUGCUAUCAACACUUAUAUAGUCUUAACACAUAAUAAUGUAAAUAAGAGUUAUAACAACCUUAUUACCUUUUACCUAACGCUCAUGACAAGGACCUGAAUAAAAACCUUUUCAUUCCAGUGUGUUUUUUUCUACUUCAGGGCACCUAAAUGUGUAAAAAGGACUUUGAUACGAUGUACAUUUGUAAAUAAAAUCUUUAUUGUCUCCGGUGGCGUCGCCUGAACAGUCUGAUCAUCUCUACAGCAAAGACUCUGUUGUAAGGAAACACCUGACUCACGGCUCCUGUGAUCACGUGAUGGACGAUUCCUGCUUUUUCUGUCAAAAUAAAAACAUAUUCAGAAGGUGUCGAUAAGUAUAAAUAAUAAAUAAAACCACACCAGCCUCAUUCAUAAAGAGAGGUAAGUUCUGUCUCACCGAGCUGCUGCUUGAAGCCGCCGUAUGUCUCCUGGUUCCUGAUGGUGGAGCAGAUGAAGACCUCCGGAGACGAACACCUUAGGACCUUAGAGAGCAGCUCCACCAGACGCUCUACAACAUCUGGGUCAUACACCACAUCUGUACAGGAGGGAGGAAACAUCUGCAUCUGAACGAGGCGGGAGGCUUCAAAGAAUAGUGAAGUUUCUACUGUGAGGAACUUUUAACAGUCUUAGUUUAGUCCUGAUCCUA